GAGGCCGGGCAUAUUGAGGAGCUGCUUUGUCAAAGUCUCCAACUGCCAACGCAAGAAAUUACACAGAAGCUCCAAUUUAGUUCAUGAUCAGGCAAACUUAACCUGAAUAUAGUUUUUGUAAUAUGAACCUUCAAAAUGGUUGCAGCUGUCAAUCUUCAAAGUCAAGACUGAGAAAAUUAGGUCAUUUUUACACUACCACCAAUUGAACUUAGGACCCAAAUUAAAAACUGUCUAGUACCAUAGUAUCUAUCCUUCUAGAGCUAGGCGGUUUCCAUAUUUUAUGCCAAAUUAAUAUUUUCCCAGCAAGGAAAAAGAGGUAGUCAAUUAUGAUUAGGCCAUAGACUUUGUGGUUUGAGUCCUCUCAAAUUACAUCCUAUUUUAUGCCCACAUGCUUCUCGAUAAAUUGCUUCAACAUUAAGCUUUCAAGAGACGGUUUAGCUUCAUGAUAAGAAACUUGAGCUAAGAGCAUCCUUCAAAAUUAAAGUAAUGGCUUUCAACAAGACCACAUUGAAAAGUUUCUUGUCCAGAUGUUUCAAUGCCCAGAACCCACCCCCCGAGCCAAAACUUCCAGCAUCCAAACAAAGUUCAUUCCAGAGAUUAUCGCUCUCGGAUUUAAGCAAUUCCUCUGCAUUCUCUAUCGUGAGUGAUCUAUCGAACUCUCUUGUUGGGUCAAAUCUUCAUGUUUUUACUCUUAAGGAGCUCAAAGCUAUUACACAAAACCUUUCAGCUAGUAAUUAUCUUGGUGAAGGUGGAUUUGGACGGGUAUAUAAGGGGUUCAUUGAUGACAAACUUAGGCCUGGAUUGGAGAGUCAACCUGUGGCUGUCAAGGUACUGGACUUGGAAGGGACACAAGGCCACAGGGAAUGGCUGGCUGAAGUAAUAUAUCUUGGGCAAUUAAAGCACUCCCAUCUUGUCACCUUGAUUGGAUACUGCUGUGAGGAUGAGCACAGGCUACUCGUGUACGAGUACAUGGAGCGUGGAAACUUAGAGGACAAACUAUUUAGAAGUUAUUCCGCAGCCUUGCCUUGGUUAACAAGAAUAAAAAUUGCCAUUGGGGUCGCAAAAGGCCUUGCUUUUCUCCACGAAGAAGAAAAACCAGUCAUAUUUAGAGAUUUUAAAGCUUCAAACAUCUUAUUAGACUCUGAUUUCACUGCCAAGCUCUCUGAUUUUGGGCUUGCAACAGAUGGACCAGAAGGUGAAGACACUCACGUCUCAACUUGUAUCAUGGGUACCGAAGGCUAUGCAGCUCCCGAAUACAUCAUGACAGGCCAUUUGACGACUAUGAGCGACGUAUACAGCUUCGGAGUGGUUCUUUUAGAGCUACUAACGGGCAGAAGAUCCGUGGACAAGAACCGACCCAGUAGAGAGCAGAACAUGGUAGAAUGGGCAAGACCCUUUCUGAAGGAUUCCCAUAAACUUGACAGAAUAAUGGACCCCAGACUUGAAGGACAGUACUCGAGAGAAGGGGCUAGGAAAUUAGCCUUGCUGGCUCAUCAAUGCCUGAGCGUGCACCCCAAGUCAAGACCCACAAUGACCAAUGUGGUCAAGACCUUAGAGCCUAUUUUGGACUUGCAAGAUAUCCCAAUUGGACCCUUUGUGUACAUUGUGCCAACAGAAGGAAAAAAUGAAAGUGGAGAACUGAAGAAUGGACUGGGAGGUGAAAAUGAAGGUGACAUGAAAAGGGAAGGGAGGAGAGAUGAACAAAAAGAGGAGGGAGAGGAGGAGGAAAAGAAAAAGAAGCGCAGUCACCAGCAUCAGAGAGGUCAUAGGCAUAGACAUCGGAUUAGGACAUUGAGGACUCGUGCUGUCUACUCUGAUACUGCUUUGUAUAAAACUCUUGGGACUGCUUUGUACUUCCCCAAACCAGAACCGUUGGACGAAGGGGCAUAGUUUGCAUCAUCACUCACAAGCAUACCGUACACUUUGGGAAAAAAUGAUGUUGAUUAUGGAAGACAUAUUUAUCGUACAUCAGGACUUCUUUUUUCUUUCUUUUUGGAUAUUUUCUCUUGUACUUCGCAAAAUAAUCGUCAUCUAGUCGUCAAAUUUGUUUGUCCAGAUUUUAAAUGAGAAGCUUCCAUUUUCCAAAUUCUCAAAUUACUUCAUCAGCCUGGACUUGAAAAGAACUUUGGAUGGUCUUUGGUCGAAGCUCAGUCUCAAAUAAGGUCAUCAUAAGGAUCAGACUUUCCAAUACCAUGAACUGUAUGAAUAAAUAAUUUCUAUUCAAAUUCAGAUUGGAAGGGCCAAAUUUUCUAGAUUUCCUUGAGCUUUUGCGGUGAUGCCUUGUUGAAAGAUGUAAAGCUGACCACAUUCAUAUGUUGAUCCACUAAUCCCUGCGAAUUUGAAAUUUUAA